AUGCCGCUGGCGCACCGUGACUUCUCGUCCGUGCUGACGAAACACGGCUUCGCGGAGCUCAAAAAGAUCGGAGAAGGAUCCUUCGGGAAGGCCCUUCUGGUACAAACCGAGGAUGGUACAAAGCUGGUUUGCAAAGCUGUGGACGUGAGCUCGGCCUCCUCCAAGGAGACGCAGGAUGCUGUGAAAGAGAGCCGUUUGCUGGCUGCUUUGAAGCAUCCCUACAUCGUCCGGUAUCGGCACAGCUUUAUCGAAAGCGGUUGGCUCUGCAUAUUCAUGGAUUACUGCGAGGGCGGUGACCUGUCGAAAGUCAUCGAAUCGGCAAAGAGGAGAGGCCAGCGCUUGCCUGAGGAACAGAUCCUCCGCUGGAUCACGCAGGCCUUACUGGCCCUGAAGUACAUUCACGAGAAGCAUGUUUUGCACCGUGAUCUCAAGAGUGGGAAUUUCUUCAUCUCCAGCAGUGGCAAUCUGAAGAUGGGCGACUUCGGAAUUGCGAAGGUACUGUCUAGCACCAUGGCCUGCGCCAGGACUCAGCUCUUCCCGAGGUAUUACCUGAGCCCCGAGGUAUGCCAAGAGAAGCCAUACACCUGGCCUUCGGACAUCUGGGCCAUGGGCUGCAUCCUCUACGAGCUCUGCGCUUUGAAGGCGGCUGCGUUUCGACAAGUGCCGAGAGGCCUCGAGUCUGUGGAGGCGGCCCUGUGCUGCCAGGUGCCCUUCGAUGCGCCCAACAUCUCCGCGCUUGUGCAGAGAAUCUGCCGUGGCCCCACGCCGACGCUGCCGACCUCCUCGGAGUUCCUGCGCCAGCUGUGCGGGGCCACUUGCCUGAUUGGACAACAAUGGACAACACGAGGCAAUUUCAAAUCGUGUUUGGUUUGGAGCAUUUGGGAAGUCCCCUCUUUGGGGGGGGGGAGGGGGGUGGCGGCUCGUGAGGGCUUUUGUUUCCUUCCGUGGUUUUGGGGAUUCAGGCUUUCAGAUUCUGCAGUGCUGAGGCAGAUAGUUGGGUGUGUCUAUGGGCUCGAUGGAAGUUUUUCUUCAUGCUUUGACCGUUGA